ACAAAUGUGAACUGUAAAAAUAAUUAUAUGUUAACAAAAUAUAUUUCCAUGUAAACUACUGUAAAAUAAUUAUAUGUUUGAGCUAUCAAAGUUGUAUAUUUGCAGAAUAAUUAGUUUGAUUUGGCGCGCAUAUUCUUGGCAAAUGGAUAAACAAAUGACAUUAAUAUAAAUUCUUUACCGUUAAAAAUGAUAAUAAUAAAUAAUGCAUGUACCGACGGUUUGAAGUGUUGAAAUGAUAGGGUGUAGAAGAGUGCAAGUGGUCAAAUGUUACGAUGCUUUGUUUAAUGCGAAUUGUAUUGUUGUCUUGCGUUUCACGAUGACAAGAUGCAGAUGCGGAGAAUGUAAGUGACUCCCAUGAUAUCACCUACGUACAGACGUAUAUAAUAUGAUUGCCCUACGUUAAUAUUUUUAUAAGAGAGUGAUUCGUAGGAUAUAUUAGUUACUACAGUUUUACAAUAUUUAGUAGGGUUUUAAUAAGUUUUAAAUAAAACCAAAAUCGUGGGUAACUUGCCGGGAAAGAAAACGGAAAAGGAGACGCACGGCUCGGCAACCGCCCACGUUAACUUCCAAACCCUACACUCAUUUAUCGAUGCACCUCUAUCUCCACACACACAUGCUCUUCUUCACCUUUACAUUCACAUACAUGCACAUGCCUAUACCUACUAUAUAUAUGUAGUCACAUGUAUCCGAAUACACACCAACUGCCAACUUAUUAGAUUUCUCCAAUCUUCUAUCACAAAAACAAUUCUUAAUACAGUACAGAAUGAUGUUCCCGUACACCGCACACAACGUCUGCCAGCGUCAGUUUCCCUCGCCGGAGAUUGAAAUUCCAGCGAAAUGGAAGAUUUCAUACGGACACGAGGAGACUGCUCCUCCUUGUCCUCGUUGUGCAUCUUCCAACACCAAGUUUUGUUAUUACAACAACUACAGCUUGUCUCAGCCUAGAUACUUCUGCAAAGGCUGCCGUCGUUACUGGACCAAAGGCGGCUCUCUCCGCAACAUUCCCGUCGGUGGAGGCUGUCGGAAGAGGAGCCGGAGCAGACGACAGAGCAUUCACAAAAGGUUUGGUUCGAACGAAAAUCUGCCAGAUGGUCUUAUCAGUGGGUCCCAGUCAAGCCCUGCUGGUUCUGAUAUUGAUUUGGCUGCGGUUUUCGCGCAGUACGUGAAUGCUCCGAGCCCUUCAAGUACUGAUAAUACCACCGGAUCUGAUCAAGAUUCGCCAGUAACAACAACAACAACAACUACAAACACGCAUGCUUUAAAUUCAUUGAGCUGGGAUAUAUGCCAAGAAACUGAUGUGAAUCUUGGAUUCUACGGGGAAUUCAACGAUCUGACCAACAAGAUACAAGAAGAUGAACGAGGUGUUGGUCACUUUCUCCAAGAAGAUCAAGAGGAGAUCUUUGAGUUCCAAGGUUUACUCGAUGACAAAGAUAUUCAAGAGAUUCUGGAAUGCUCAUUCUCUGAGGUGCCAGAGCAGUUAAUUUCUCAGGGGAGCUUCAUGAUCAAUGGUCAUUGGAGUUCAACAGAUCUUACAACGUUCGGGGUUUGACGGCCAGGACGAUCGUUUCUUUCUUUUUAAUCAUAUAUACUUAAUUUAUUUACUACAUAAAACGUAUUAUUUACACUAAAACUCAUUCUUAUAAUGUUCAUGAAUUUAUUAUAUCAUACAUGAACGAUCCCACGGUAGGAUCCGUGGAGUAGGUUGCUGUAUAUUCGCUUGAAUAAUGGAUACAACUUACAUUUUCUAUGUUAUUUAGCUUUUAAAGUUCUUAUGCUUUGCCUUCUCUUCUCACAAUUGAAUAAAUUGAUAUUUGAUCUGUCUUGGUAUCAUGGUGUGUCAUAUCUAGGGAUAAAAACCGAAGUAAUAUUCUUCUUACUUCUGUGACAUUCUAUCGGCUGAGCUCUUCGAGAGUUCAAGAAAAAUUGCU